UACAAGCAGUACUGGCUGGGCCUGGGCACCAGGCUGAGUCACACCGGCCCGGCCCUCCCGGAGCUCCACGUCCCCGAUCGGGUCCUGCAUAAUCAAACAAAUAUAACAAAGUGCAGAUAACCGGACAAUGGGGCUGUAUGCUCUGGGCCGUGGGAGCCCAGGGCCGCCACAAGCCGGAGCCGGGCAGGGGGCAGCGCUGUCGGGGGCGGAGGGCGCGGGGGCGGGAUUUCGAGAAACUUAAGUGGCGCCCGAGGGUCAGCUGGGGCCGGAGAGGUCCGAGGGGCACCCGAGGCCGCUGGGCGCGGUAUCUCGGUGCUGGAGAAGCGGAGGCGGGGCGGGGGUCCCGGCGGUGGGAGCCCAGUCGGAUCAGGGCGUGGCUUGGAACUCGGCGACGGAUUGGACGCCAGGGAGCGGGCGGGGUGGGGCCGGACGGGGGCGCGGACCCUGAGACCACCCGGAGCUGCGCCCAGGCGGCGCGAGGUCACGGCGGGAAUUCUGGAGCAGUGAGUGACUCAGCCCCCGGAAGGCUCGAAACUGCGUGCGUGUGAGAUGGUCACCAUGGGCCAGUGCUACUACAAUGAGACCAUCGGCUUCUUCUACAACAACAGUGGCAAGGAGCUCAGCUCCCACUGGCGGCCCAAGGAUGUAGUUGUGGUGGCCCUGGGGCUGACUGUCAGCGUGCUGGUGCUGCUGACCAACUUGCUGGUUAUCGCAGCCAUUGCCUCCAACCGCCGCUUCCACCAGCCCAUUUACUACCUGCUGGGUAACCUGGCCGCAGCCGACCUCUUUGCUGGUGUGGCCUACCUCUUCCUCAUGUUCCACACGGGCCCUCGCACCGCCCGGCUCUCGCUGGAGGGCUGGUUUGUGCGGCAGGGCCUGCUGGACACGAGCCUGACCGCCUCGGUGGCGACACUGCUAGCCAUCGCCGUGGAACGGCACCGCAGCGUGAUGGCCGUGCAGCUGCACAGCCGCCUGCCCCGCGGCCGCGUCGUCAUGCUCAUCGUGGGGGUGUGGGUGGCCGCGCUGGGCCUGGGGCUGCUGCCCGCCCACUCCUGGCACUGCCUCUGUGCCCUGGACCGCUGCUCACGCAUGGCCCCCCUGCUCAGCCGCUCCUACCUGGCCGUCUGGGCCCUGUCCAGCCUGCUUGUCUUCCUGCUCAUGGUGGCUGUCUACACCCGCAUUUUCUUCUAUGUGAGGCGGAGGGUGCAGCGCAUGGCGGAGCACGUCAGCUGCCACCCCCGCUACCGAGAGACCACACUCAGCCUGGUCAAGACCGUUGUCAUUAUCCUGGGGGCCUUCGUGGUCUGCUGGACGCCAGGCCAGGUGGUGCUGCUCCUGGACGGUCUGGGCUGCAAGUCCUGCAACGUUCUGGCUGUGGAGAAGUAUUUCCUACUCUUGGCGGAGGCCAACUCGCUUGUCAAUGCCGUGGUGUACUCAUGCCGAGAUGCUGAGAUGCGCCGCACCUUCCGCCGCCUCCUCUGCUGUCUGUGCCUUCGCCGGUCCACCCACGAGUCUGCCCGCUAUGCAACCUCCACCCGAACAGGGGCCAGCACUCGCAUCAUGCUUCCAGAGAAUGGCCACCCCCUGAUGGACUCCACCCUUUAGCCAGCCUGGGACUUCAGUGGGUGCUGCAAAUGCCACAUCAUAGCCCCUGACCGCUUGUAAAUGCACCGGGCUCUACCCAAUCUGCAGGACAGACCCUCGGCCCGCCAUGGCACAGCUCCACUGCCAGCCUUCCCCAGGCACACAACUCGGCCUGCCCCAGGGCCUGGGGGUGUGGGAUCAUCUCUAAAUGCCCAGGAGAGAGUCAGAGGGGGUUCAGGAAUCUGCUCUUCAAUCAUCUCAGGUUGUAGGGUUUUUUAACUGACAUUUUCUAUUUUUACUGCACAUCCCUGGUAAACCCUGUGGACCACUUCCUUGUCUGUGGCAGUGUGGGCGUUAAGGGUGGGAGAGAUGAGGGCUCUCUCAGGCUUCUCUCUGCCCAGUGUGACAGGGUAACAAAGAUGGCCCAUGGAUGCACCAUCUGCCCGAAGCUGAUUCUUUAGGGGCGCAGACUGAGGGGUGCUGAGCAUGAGCUGGGAAAAGGUUUGUGGCCCCGCAGCCUUUGGGGUCUUGUCUGUCCCUAUUAGAAUUGAGGGGAUCUAUGGGGAGAGCAUGAUAUAAGGAGUAAACCUUUCUUUCCA